AAGACUAUCAGCAGUACUUCGUACUAUAUAGAAAUACAUACCAAGAUGAAAUUUUGUAUUUAGUAUCGUGUUUUCAAUUCCAAUAUUUAUAAUUAUUUAAUUAUCUGAAACUAAUUUAAAUUGACUAAUAAAAGGUGUUUAAUGCUCCAUAUGUCAUAAAACCAGCAAUAAGAUUUCUGGUCAAUUACACCAGCAGCAGAACAGCAGUAUAGCUAACUUCACUGUACGACCGAGGCAACCGGAAAUAGACAAUUAUCACAUCCGGUUAAAAUGAUGACGACAGGAACUCAGUCAUUGAAAGUGUGUGAGUGAACGGCACAUGUAUAGCGUAUUACUCUAUCUAUUCAAAUUCACUUCAAGAUGAAGGGGAAAGUGCAAAGAAAAUCAAAAGGAAAGAGAGACACGGAAAAGUUGAAGAAAUUUAUGAUCUCAAUUGAUGAAUUUGUUCAAAACAAGACUGGUGGCAGCGGUGCCGAUGAGUUUCGGACACUCAGUUACGUUAAAAAGAAAAGCCGAAAAGAAGUGCGUAGGGAAAAGAGAAAGCUCAAAAAAGCAAAAAUGAAACGGCUCCCCAAAGACGAAGGAAACAUUAAUAAGAACCAACAGAAAAAUGUAACUCCUGUUGAAAACAAGACCGAAACCAAAGUACAAAAAAGAGUGCGCUUUCAGACGGAGAAUGAAGUCGGUUUUGCUGGACCAGGAGCGUCAAGGAAAACCAAAGCGAAAAAGAUGGAGUCUCAGCAAGGAAAGAAGAAGAAUCGCCUACAGGAGACUAGGAAGAAAGCACUGCUAGAAGCAAACGAGGCAGAGGACAGGGAGAUAAAGAAGCUGGAGCGCUGUCUUGGUCUCAACAAGAGGAAAAACAAAAAGAACCUUCCUAUGUCCUUCGUGGCCGAUGGCUUGGAUUACAUUUUGGAAGCCCUCGAUGCUGGAUCGGCGGGAUCUGGGUUGUAUGAGAGUGAUGAGGAAAUGGAGAUAAGUAAGGAGAAGUUUGACAAGUUAGCUGAUAGUGAGAAUAAACUGAUGAACGAGGAUGAUGAUGAUGGAGAUGAUGAUGAUGAUGAUGGAGAUGAUGAUGAUGAUGAUGGAUAUGAUGAUGAUGAUGGAGAUGAUGACCAGGAGAGUGAAAAACAUAUGGAAGAAGAUUUCUGUGCUGAAGAUUCUGAAGAUGGCGAAAUGGAAGAGUUCCCCAGUGAGGAAGGCACAGUGGAAGCAGAUGCUCAGGAGGAGCUUCCCGUUAACGCACCUGGGAAGUAUUUGCCACCACAACUGCGUGAACUAGAAGACGGCAAGCGGAGAGCAGAGCUGGAGCGACUGCGCAAGACUGUGAAAGGACUCGUGAACCGGCUAAGUGAGCCCAACAUGGCAUCCAUCAGCGGCCAGAUGGAGGCGAUGUACAUGAGCCACAGUAGGAAGGACAUGAACGACACACUGACGGCCGUCAUGUUGGCGGCCUGCGUCAGCCCAGCCCUGAUGCCUGAACGGCUGCUCAUGGAGCACAUCCUCCUGGUCAGCAUUCUGCACCACAACGUGGGGCUGGAGGUGGGGGCUCAUUUUUUGGAGGCGGUGGUCCAGAGGUUCGAUGAGGCGUACCGGGCAGCCAGUGGUGGGAAGGAGUGCGACAACCUGCUGGGAAUGGUGGCACACCUGUACAGCUUCCAGGUGGUGCACGCACUUCUGGUGUUCGACCUCCUCCGCAAGCUGGUGGGCGUCUUCGCCGAGAAGGACAUGGAGCUGAUCCUGUUGACGCUGCGCAGCGUGGGCUUCGGGCUGCGCAAGGACGACGCGGUCAGCCUCAGGGAGCUCAUCUGCGAGAGCCAGCGCAAGGCCAGCGCCCUGGGCGAGAAGUUCCGGGAGCAGGCCAGGGUGCGCUUCAUGUUAGAAACCAUGCUGGCUCUGAAGAACAACGACAUGCGGAAGAUUCCGGGCUACAACCCCGAGCCAGUGGAGAGACUGAGGAAACUGCAAAGGACACUGGUGCAGCGGAAUGCCAGUGGCAGCGACGUAAAGCUGAGGGUCUCCCUGGAGAACUUGCUGGCGGCCGAGCAGGUGGGCCGCUGGUGGAUCGUGGGUUCGAGCUGGAGCGGCGCCCCCAUGAUCGGGGAGCACGAGAAGACACAGCCUGCCGCCGUCCCCGAGGGACAGUUCAGUGCGAAGGUCCUGGAGCUGGCCCGGAAGCAGCGGAUGAACACCGACGUCCGGAAGAGCAUUUUCUGCAUCGUCAUGACCAGCGAGGACUACUUGGAUGCCUUUGAGAAGCUGCUGAGGCUAGGCCUCAAAGACCAGCAGGAGCGGGAGAUUAUCCGUGUGCUGCUGGACUGCUGCCUUCAAGAGCGGCUCUUCAACGCUUUCUACAUCGUGUUGGCAGACAAGUUCUGCGCUCACGACAGGCGCUUUCAGAUGACCCUUCAGUUCACCCUGUGGGACAAGUUUAAGGAGCUCCAGAACAUGUCCAGCACCGUCUUCAGUAACCUGGUGCAGCUGGUCAUUCAUGUUCUUCAGAAGAAGACUCUGUCCAUCUCCAUCCUGAAGGUCAUUGAAUUUGGGGAGCUGGACAAGACUAGGGUCAGGUUCUUACGGCAGGUGCUGAGCAAGCUUCUGAGAGACACUGACCAUCAGGUCCUGGGUGAAAUAUUUGGAAGGAUUUCAGGGCUGCCCAAGCUCAAGGCAAUGCGGGAGGGCCUGAAACUCUUCAUCAGCCACUUCCUGCUGAGGAACACGCCCUCCGAUGGGGAUGGUGAGGGGACGCGGCGGCUGAAGGAGGGAGCUCAAGUGGCAACCAAGGCCAUGGAGGCCAAGGAGGACCGGCUCAAGCUGUGAUCAUGAACACCAGCAACGUCCGUCUUUCAUAAAGAUGCCGCUGACGUGGAACCCGGGGGGUCAGGUCUACAGCAAACUGCUGUGCUAACUGGACGUGCCAGAUUGGUUUAUUACUGGGUACUGAACGAUUGAAUGCUUCCAGUCCUCACUGGCGGUCACAGUGCUGGUCACGGUCACACGCAAUCCAGUGGCUGUGGUAUGAGUCGCUGUUUCUAGUUGGGGGGCAUUUUGUUUGGCCUUGACUGUUUGACAAUUUGAUUAAAAUGAUCAUUUGAGAGAAAAAGACUCUUCAUCGGAGUAUCAGAAAUGCCGAACACGGUGCCGGGAUGAGUGGUUCUGCUCGUGGCGGUCCAGCUAUGUUUGAAGUGCUUCUGCGAAUGUGAGAACUCUGUCCAGUCAAUGUAAUAUCUGGAUAAAAUUCCCAGCAUGCACUUGGGCCAGGGAAUAGGGUUGGAUAGCCCUGGCGUGAACAGUUGUAAAGAUGCUGGAAUGCGGACAGAGUGCUGCCAUUACCUGGAGAAGAGCAGGACGGGACCCGUUCCCGCGGAGCCCAGCGCUCCUGGAUUAAAGGUGGAAGUCACACUCCCCUCUUCUCACACUUUGAGCCCUAUUGUGCUCAGUGUCCCUCCAGUUCCUGUUUGCUUUGCUCCCGGGCCCCCGCUAUUUGCAGAGGCCAGGACGGAUGUGUGCCUGGUAAUCUGGGUCUCGCGGGUCGCUUUCAAGCCUGCGGGGCCAGGGGCGACCUGUGAAUGACGGCUUCUGAUAAAUUUAACCUGGUGCGUGCUUCCCCUUUAAGGAAUCCCAAGCGUAACCUUUUUUUAUGUGCUUGUGUCCGUGUGAAAGCCUCAAGGUAAAUGUAAGCAUCUGUCUCACGGGGAAAAUCAGGGACAUUGUCGUCACUGAUGGCCACAUCGCAGGAGGGGCCCGGGCUAUGGGUCCUAUAAUGUAGCAGUGAGUUUGGGCUCUGUAACACAGUCACAGCUUCCGGAUCUUUCUGCAGGUCCACCGGAACACAUUGGUACACAAGAUUGAUGGAAUUGCUGGAUGCAAUGCAGCAGCGUAGCAUAAAACGAGGCAGUACUUUGAGUAGUAACGUUACAGUAGUAAUGUUACAGUAGUGAUAUUUCAGUAGUAAUGUUACAUUAUAGUAAUGUUAGUGAUCCAUCCUUGAUAAUUUUCCUGCAUUUUCUAGAUUCGGGGCCUGUAUUUUGGCCUGUGGCUACACAUGUAUUUUUUCGUAUAAUCUUAUGAGUAACAUUUUGAAAUUAAAGCCUGUAGUCUUGA